CAUAUUCCGUGUCUUAACACAUGCACCCAAUACCUUCCUCAAUUUUAUCAACAAACAACAAAAUAUCCUCGUCUUUGUGGCUACAAAUUCUUCUCGUCACCACCUACCUUCCCAAAUCUCAACUCUUCCAUUUCUAAAAAGAUUAAAAAAGUCAUCCAUAUUCUCUGCAACAAAAUACCCCAAAAAAAGGAAAAAGAAAAAGAAAAAAUGGGAGUAGUGGAAGAAGCACAUAAUGUAAAAAUAGUAGGGAAAGGAAUACAAGUAAUAGUAUUAGGUCAUGGAUUUGGAACAGACCAAUCAGUAUGGAGACAUUUAGUACCUCAUUUAAUUGAUGAAUAUAAGGUAGUUUUGUAUGAUAAUAUGGGAGCUGGAACUACAAACCCAGAUUACUUUGAUUUUGAGAGGUACUCAACUUUGGAAGGUUAUGCUUAUGAUUUGUUGGCUAUUUUGGAGGAAUUUCAGUUAUCUUCUUGUAUUUUUGUUGGUCAUUCUGUUUCUGCCAUGGUUGGUGCUAUUGCUUCCAUUAUGCGACCUGAUCUUUUCUCUAAGCUCAUUCUUAUCUCUGCCUCUCCAAGGUACUUGAACGAUGUUGAUUACUACGGAGGCUUUGAGCAAGAAGACCUAGACCAACUCUUCGAAGCAAUGCAAGACAAUUACAAGGCCUGGUGUUCGGGUUUCGCCCCGUUAGCCGUGGGCGGGGACAUGGACUCAGUAGCGGUCCAAGAAUUCAGCCGAACCUUAUUCAACAUGCGGCCCGAUAUUGCCCUAAGUGUGGGCCAAACCAUUUUCCAAAGCGACUUCAGACACCUCCUUUGUCACGUGACUGUUCCUUGUCACAUUAUUCAGAGCAUCAAAGACUUGGCUGUACCUGUGGUGGUUUCUGAGUACCUUCAUCGGAACCUUGGUGGUGACUCCAUUGUUGAGGUGAUGUCAUCGGAAGGUCAUCUUCCUCAGUUGAGUUCACCUGAUAGUGUGAUCCCUGUGCUGUUACGACACAUUCGUCGUGAUAUAGUUGUCUAAUCUAAAAAGAUUGAUUUAGUAUUGUGUUUUUGUUAAUUAAGUUUUUAGUGUUGUAUGUUUAACGUAAUUAGGCUAAAUAACUGAAAAACAUGUUUGAUUUUUAUUUCUAAGUGUAUCAUAUGUCAUUUCUCUUAAAGAAAAGUUUAUCAUAUGGGUA